GCGCGGCCGGACCGAGUAAGCAAAAACCCCACCUCCACCCAACCAGACAAAGUCAACACGCACCACACGCAGCCCAACCAAACAAUAACGUAGCCGGCGGCGGCAGCGCCUGCAAGUCAAUCCCACCUCGUCUCACAUCCCGCCCCCGUCAAAUUUCCAUUCCAUUCCGUUCUCCUCGCCCCACCACGGCAAUGGCUCCGUGCCCGCCCCACCUCCUCCUCCUCGCCGUCUUCGUCCUGUUCCCCCUCGCCGCCGCGCAGCAACCGCAGCGCAACAUCCAGACGCGCUUCCCCUCCACCCGCACGCCGGCCUUCGCCACCCCUCCACCGCCGACGGUCAUAUCCCCCUCCCCGGCCCCCACCACCGCUCCGCCCUUCUUCCCGGGGUCCCCGCCCCCAUCGUCGUCGUCCGUGAAGCGCAGCGACAUCGCCGUGGCCGUGGUGAGCACGGCGCUGAGCAGCUUCGCGGUCUCGGGGCUCGCCUUCUUCCUCUUCCUCCGGCACGGGAAGAAGAAGGAGCUGAAGGCAGCGGAUGGGAAUGGGUAUUCUAGCGGGCCGCAGGAGGGCGCCUUCGCCGGGAAGCGGCCGGAGAGAUCGCCGAAGCGGCCGCCGCAGGGAGGGGGAGGGGGAGGCGGCAUCGGGAUGGUGGACGAGAACGGGCUCGACGCGAUAUACUGGAGGGAGUUCGAGAAGGACGACGGCGGCGGCGGCAGGGGGAGGAAGCCCACGGCGAGCUGGCGGCCGCCGCAGCCGCCUCCGCCCCGGCAGCAGCAGCGCUUGGAGAUGUGGCCGGAGCCCCAGCAGUCGUCGCCGCCAUCCCCGCCGCGGCGGUCGAGGAAGAACAGGAUAGAUCAGGAGCCACUCAUCCCGGGGGGAUCCCUGGACUCCGCGUCCGCUGUUUUCGACGAGCCGCUGCGCCCGCCCAGCGCCGGCUCCAGCUCGUCCUUCUCCGUGGCCGCCGCCGAUGCGUACGCACGUCCGCCGCAGCAGGCGGCCGCCGUCAGCUCCGUGCCACGUCCGUCUCCGCCGCCAGCCCCUGCCGCGCCAUCAAGCGCAUCGCCGGCGCUGCCGCCGCCUCCUGGAAGAGCAAGCCCGGCACGUGCUCCAUCCACCGCCGCCGCCUCAACCGCCCCGCCUCCACCGCCACCGCCAAAACCAGCAUCCGCAUCGCCACCGCCGCCGCCACCGCCGAGGGGCGGCCCGCCUCCUCCACCGCCGCCCAAAGGCCCAUCGCCGCCGCCGCCGCCGCCGCCAGGAGGAAAGAAAGGAGGACCGCCUCCGCCGCCUCCAAGGGGAGCCGCGUCAUCCUCAAGGCCGCCGACGGCGCCGGGUAUGCCAUCCGGGGCCGGAGAGCAGCAGGCAAAGCUUAAGCCGCUGCAUUGGGACAAGGUCAAUGUGCAAGCUACCGACCACUCCAUGGUGUGGGACAAGAUCACCGGCGGCUCAUUCAACUUGGACGAAGGCAUCAUCGAGGCUCUGUUCGGCACGGCGGCUGCAAACCGCAAGCCGAAAUCUGCAGAUUCCAAGGGCACCUCCGGAGAAUCCUCGAACGCCCUCGGGCGCUCAAACACGCCGGAACAAAUAUUCCUGCUGGAGCCGCGCAAGUCGCACAACAUUUCCAUCAUCCUACGGUCCCUCACCGUGGGGCGGGAUGAGAUCAUCGACGCCCUCCGUGACGGUCACACGGAACUCAGCACGGAGGUCCUCGAGAAGCUGUCUCGGCUCAGUAUCUCCAAGGAAGAAGAAUCCACCAUCCUGAAGUUCUCUGGAAAUCCCGACAGGCUCGCCCCAGCGGAGGCCUUCCUUCUCCGGCUCCUCCUUGACGUGCCCAACCCGUUCGCACGCGUCAAUGCGUUGCUUUUCAAGGUAAACUAUGGCGCCGAGGUUGCGCAGCUGAAGCAGUCGCUCCGGACCUUGGAAAUGGCAAGCCAGGAGCUGAGGACGAAGGGUCUGUUCUUCAAACUGCUCGAAGCAGUGCUCAAGGCAGGAAACAGGAUGAAUGCCGGAACAGCGCGGGGCAACGCGCAGGCCUUCAACCUCACGGCACUUCGCAAGCUCUCCGACGUGAAGAGCACUGAUGGGAGCACCACGUUGCUACACUUCGUCAUUGAGGAGGUUGUUCGUUCAGAGGGAAAACGGCUUGCCAUCAACCGCAACUACAGUCUCCGCCGCUCUGGCAGCCUUGCGAAGUCUGGCCACGACGGCGGCGGUUCGGCAGCAGGCUCCGCAGGUCAGGGCCCAUCACGGGAGGAGAGGCAGAAUGAAUACAUGAAUCUGGGACUGCCAAUUGUUGGAGGUCUCAGCACAGAGUUUAGCAAUGUGAAGAAGGCUGCAAUGGUGGACUACGACGCAGUUGACAGCGAGUGUGCGAUUCUAGGCAACCGACUCACCGACAUCAAGAGGCUCCUGGAGACCUGCAGUGAUGAUGGAUUCGGGAGAGGGUUGCGAGGAUUUGUGAAGGCUGCGGAACAUGAGCUGGAGGCACUAAGAGGGGAGCUGGCGAGAGUACUAGAGCUGGUCCAACGGACAACAGAGUACUACCAUGCCGGCGCCACCAAGGACAAGAACGCGCAUCCUCUUCAGCUGUUCAUCGUAGUGAGGGACUUCCUGGGGAUGGUUGAUCAGGCAUGUGUGGACAUCAAGAGGAAAUUGCAGCAGAAGAAACCGCCACCCUCGUCAUCACAGGCAACUACAGCUGCUGCACCAGCGGCGGCGCCGGCACCGGCAAAGGAAGCAACCGAUAGUCAAGCAGCACCGGCUCAGAAACCACCGGAAGAUGCAGAUAGCAGAAGGAAGAGGGUCAUGCCAAGAUUUCCAAACCUACCAGCGCACUUUAUGAAGGAUAGUGCAGAGUCUGAUUCAAGUAGUGACGAGGAAUAGAAUGAAUGGGAAGGUGUAAAUGACGGUUGUUUGCAUUGUUUUGAAUUGGUUGUUGUGGAGGUAUAGGUUAGCUGCAGACUGUACAUAAAGCAAAAUAUUUGCAUUGGUUCUUUUGUCCGUUUCUUUAUAGAAGAUUCAUAUCGAGAGCA